AUGGCUGUUCGGCAACCGGCAUGGCACCUACCUCAUCAAAUUGACCAACCUGUUCUUAAGAUCUUCAAUUCGUUAACCAAAACCAAAACGGAAUUUAUACCUAUCGAUGGUUUCCAUGUCAAAUGGUAUAACUGCGGUCCCACAGUCUACGAUGCCUCCCACAUGGGCCACGCGAGGAAUUAUGUCACACAAGACAUUUUGCGAAGAAUAAUGUCAGAUUACUUUGGCUAUGAUGUGCACUUUGUUAUGAAUGUUACCGACAUAGACGAUAAGAUCAUCGUUAGAGCGCGUCAAAAUUAUCUCUUUUCACAAUUUAGAAACUCUGCAACCACGCUUUCAGCCGAUCUACUGUCGCAAGUCAGUGAAGCAUGGGGAAGCUAUGUCAGGGAGAACGUCUCCAAGGGCCUGCCAGACAAAGAGAAACCUUCACGAGGGGAAGAAGAGGUGCGAUGGCCACGAAUUGUUGGGUUUGCGCGGGAUCAGAGCCGCAAACUCGAAUGCCUAAAGAGAGACGAGAAGUUCGACAUGCAUUUUACAGCCGCUAAUCAGACCCUUGUUGCUAUUGAAGCUGCAAGGCAUGCACUAUCUGCCAAUCAGAGUAGCGGUGACACAGCGCUUAGACUUGUUAAUGAGUCCCGUGAUAUUCUCGCCUCCGCUCUCGACGAGAAACUCAAAGAUACUGUUACGGACCAGUCUGUGUUCCGGUCUCUUGCAGCAUACUGGGAAGGUCAAUUUUUCAAAGACAUGGAGCGGCUUCGUGUCCGUUACCCAGAUACCGUUACCCGCGUCACAGAAUACGUUCCGGAAGUGGUCGAAUUCGUUCAGGGUAUCAUCAAGAACGGUUAUGGCUAUGAGUUCGAAAGCAGUGUCUACUUUGAUACAGGUGCAUUUGAUUCAUCUGAUCGGCACGAUUAUGCAAAGUUGGAACCCUGGAGUAAAGGGAACAGAGAGUUACUGGCUGAAGGUGAAGGCGUGCUCUCAUCCACCUCAGGACGACGAUCUGCCUCCGAUUUCGCGCUUUGGAAGGCAUCGAAGCCUGGAGAACCUUCGUGGCCAUCACCUUGGGGUCCAGGUCGCCCAGGCUGGCAUAUUGAGUGCUCUGUGAUGGCGAGUGCCAUUUUUGGGGAACGCAUGGACAUCCAUUCUGGUGGUAUAGACCUUGCAUUCCCGCACCACGACAACGAAAUGGCCCAAUCUGAGGCUUACCAUGAAUGCGGUGCAUGGGUCAACUACUUUAUCCAUACCGGUCACCUUCACAUCGAAGGCCUCAAAAUGAGUAAAUCGCUGAAAAAUUUCAUCACUAUUGACGAGAUACUUCAAAGGUUCACAGCUCGGCAGUUGCGGCUUGCGUUCCUAACGCAGCUAUGGAAUACGAAGAUCGAUUUUUCUGAAUCGAUGAUGACGGGCGAAGUUAAGUCCCUUGAGGUUACAUUCAACGCAAAAACUAUACAGAAUUUUUUCACAAAUGUCAGGGCGAUCAUAAGUCAAGCACGGGCACACGAGGACCAGUCAGAUGGAGAGCACCACUACAAUGACGCUGAGCGAGAACUCAUGAAAAGUUUGUACGACAGCAAGACGGCCUUCCGCGCGGCUCUUUGCGACUCCUUUAAUACACCUGAAGCGCUCAAAGUUAUACGUGACCUAGUUUCGCGUAUCAACAUCUACAUUAACAGCCCAGGAAGGAAGGCCAAUGUCUGUGUGGUAAAGCAAUCCGCGACAUGGAUUGGCGACAUGCUCCGCAUGUUUGGGUUAGGCGAAGGGCAGGCGUCAGAGAUCGGCUGGGGGCAAGAAGACGAGGGCGCCGGUGGCGUGAACCGAGAAGAAACGCUGAUGCCAUACCUUCGCGCCCUAUCUUCAUUCAGAGACGGCGUUCGUCAACUGGCUAUUGCUAAAAACGAUAAUGCUUUGAAGGAAAUACUCAAGCUCUGUGAUAAACUGCGAGAUGAUGAUCUUGUGUCCUUGGGCGUUGCGCUCGAUGAUCAAGAAGAUGGCAAAGCUCUUGUCAAGCUCGUAUCACCGGCGGAGCUCAUCAAGGCACGGGAAGAAAAGCGGCUGAAAUUAGAUGCUCAAGCAGCCAAAAAGGCGGCUGCAGCUGAGGAGGUACGACAGAAGCGUCUCGCAAAGAUGGAGAAAGGGCGAGUUCCUCCCGAAGAGAUGUUCCGGCCUCCCAACGUACCCGAGGGGACGUAUAUCCGGUGGGAUGAAUACGGCCUUCCUACUGCCACUGCAAGCGGGGAAGAACCUAGUAAAAACCAGCAAAAGAGGGCACGGAGGGAUUGGGAUGCGCAGAAGAAAUUGCACGAGGAGUUUCUUGCAUGGAAGAAAGAGCAGGAGUCUAUUGCAGGCUCAUAGUCACCGUAGUCAUAAAUCAUCGAUUCAUUUGCUGUAUUAGUAUCACUACCAGUCACAAGAUCUGAUGAUGAGUGCCGCAAUUCUUUCUAAUCCGACCUGAUCAUCUGCAUCAAACCCCCCAAUCGCAAGGCAAUCAAGAUCCAGAACACCCAGCAUAAUAUCUUCACCCCCUUUCCGAAGAAUGAGGGGACACACGAUCUCGCUUUUUGUAUCGCCGUCACAGGCAAUAUGCCCACGGUAGGCCGAGACGUCUGGAACAAGAACGGUACUGCGCUUAACAAAUGCAUCUCCACACACGCCUCGAGGUCGAGGGGAGACCUCGAUCCAUUGACAGGCAGGCCUGCCGGAGAAGGGUCCCAAAAGCAUAUUAGUGGAAGCAUGCAUUUGAGAUUUGGGGUCCAUCGACGCAUCAGUGAAUUGGGGCUGAGGGAAAAGGGAAGAGAUGAGGUAGAAACCUGUGAGAAUUGCAUUCCACGGUCAGUAAG